AUGGAAGAAUAUUUCAAGGUAGAGUUCAACGUAGUCGAGGAAGAUAACCAAACCGCCAACCACCACUGGCCGUCUUACACCCAUUUCAUCCGCUCUCUCCGCACUCGCCUCGCCGUCGACGGCUACUCCCACAACCUCCCCGUCCUCCCUCCUCCCCACCACCCUCCCCCCAAAUCCUUCGACGUCUUCCUCAAAACCCAUUCCGCCUCCUGCACCCUCCGCGUUCGAGCCGACAACCUCCACCUCCUCGCCUUCCAACCCCACAGCAACUCCUACACUGCCACCUCCAACCAGUGGUUCGAGUUUGGCCGGGACGAUGAUCAGAACCCCCAAGUACCCCAUCAUGAUCAUCUCGUUCCCGAAUCCUUUUUCCUGGGCUUCCGCCCUGGCUGCUACGCCGACUUGGAGAAUGCCUGCGGCGAGAAAGUGGAAACCACAAAACUUGGCUCGUCACAGCUCGUCGACGCCGUAAACCAGCUUGCCAUUUCCGAGGAAUCUCAGGACAGGGCACGCUCCUUGAUCGUUGUCACUCAAAUGAUCUGCGAAUCCAUUAAGUUCCAGCGCAUCUCUGACCACCUCGCCACCACCUUCCGCAGCUGUUCCCCGCCCCCCGAUUGGAUGCUGGCGCUAGGGCGCGGGUGGGAAAAUCUCUCCGCCGCGUUGCACCACGCCGAUGCCGACCCCGAUAUGGGAUUCCAAAUUCCACAACCCAAUGACAUGAACAUUGCCACUGCGGACGAGGCGGUGGCAGCGCUUGGCGUCCUGUCGGGACGCAGUGCAGUUCCAUUAACCGCCAAAGGCAAUCAUUCUAUGGUGAUUAGAGACGGAGGACAGCCACUGGCGGAGGUGUUCGCAGUGCGCAUCAAUAACAUCGACGGCGAAGACCCCGGCGACCUCUACGGCAUCGUCAAAGUCAUCGACGGAUUGGGUAUCCAAUUCAUUUACAAUCGGAAGAGCAGUGAGUAUGAAUCCAUCCGUCCGGGCCAAAAUGCUUUGCUCUCCGGCCCCGAUCGAGCCAUCUCAGCCAUUGGCAGCUUCACCAUAGAUCUGGACCUAUGGGAUUAUGACACGUUAUCUUCGGAUGACGAAAUUGCUCGAGGGCAGAUCUUCUGGAAUGCUUACGAUCCCAAUAACAAGCUCGACACGCCGUUACUCAGUGAUGUUAAUGGGAAAUAUGGUUCUGCCACAGUGAAGUACGCGGUGUUAAGUGAUGCAGUGGUGGCUAACGUGGAGGUGAUUCUGAUAGACGGGGAUGGAGAAGACCCAGCUGAUGUGUAUGGAGACAUUUGCGCUCGCAGUAGCAUCUUUAGUGACGAAAGUCAGCUGUUUAGGAAGGCAUCAAAAGAAUACAUAAACGUGCGUCCUAGGGAACGCAUUUCGUUGUCGAGAUCAGUGGUAGCAGUGCCGUUGGACGCCACCCUCAUAAUCAAGGCGCUAUUGUAUGACUAUGACACACUUUCUUCUGACGAUGAGAUUGCCAAUGGCACUGCAGAGUUUCCCGCUCAAUCCUCUGGAUUAUUUACCAAAAAUAUUACUGGCAAGUAUGGUGAGAUUCAGGUCAAUGUCAAGUGGAGUACUGCUUGA